CCCCACCUCGCAGAUAUCCACGGUCCGGCGCUACUGUGGUUCCAGUUGUUUUCACAUCCCCUCGCCAACAAAGAGAGUCCGGAGCUGUUCUUUCUUUUCGAAUUAAAUCUGGUGAGUGAUGCGCAACUAAAGACCGACGCUAGGUGCUCAUUAAGGUGUGAAACAGCCUACAGCAGAGACAGGGGGAGAGAAGGCGAGACUUUCAACAAACUUCAGAUCAAACAGAAGAGCGAGGAGCGAAAAUGGUGUCUGCCGGACUGGAGAUUCUGGGACUGUCUAUGUGCGUAAUUGGCUCGCUCCUGGUGAUGGUCGCGUGCGGGCUUCCCAUGUGGAAGGUGACGGCUUUCAUCGAAGCCAACAUCGUGGUGGCUCAGACGAUCUGGGACGGGCUGUGGAUGACGUGUGUGGUGCAGAGCACGGGCCAGAUGCAGUGCAAGGUGCACGACUCCAUCCUCGCGCUCACCCACGACCUUCAGGCGGCCAGAGCGCUCACCAUUAUCUCCUCCAUGAUGGGAGUGCUGGGUCUUAUGGUUGUGAUCGCGGGGGCGCAGUGUACCAACUGCAUUCGCACAGAGUACAUCAAAGCUCGCGUGGUGAACGCCGGAGGAAUCAUCUACAUCAUCAGUGGUCUGUUCGUGCUGGUGCCUCUUUGCUGGAUGGCCAACAACAUCAUUUCGGACUUCUACAACCCCCAGGUGCCCGCAUCCAAGAAGAGGGAGAUUGGCGCUGCGCUCUACAUCGGCUGGGCGGCCACCGCCUUGCUUCUUAUCGGUGGGACGCUGCUGUGCUGCUCCUGUCCCUCCAGCGGGAACUCGGGAUACUCUGUAAAAUACGCACCGACCCAGAGAGCCACGCAGAACGGGGAGUAUGACAAAAGGAAUUAUGUGUAGCUGCGUGGCGCAGUGCAGGCGCGGUGCGUAAAAGCGACCUGCAGCUUUCCAAAAACUGCUUUCUAUUUUUAACGGACGUUGUUUUUUGUUUGUGUGUGUUGUUUUGCACCAAUCUUUGGUUAAUCCUUUUCAAAUCUGAACUUUGGAAUCAAUGGAAGCACCUCUGCUGUUUUUAUAAGGGUCCUUCAAUAUUCUCGGACCCCUUAUUUACACUUUUUUUGUUUCAGGAGAUUUAAAAGACUUUUAAAGGAGGUAACUCGCAGCAGAAAGGAGUAUCUUUGUUAGGUACCUGCUUUUGUAAACCUUCCAGUUUAUUCAGUUCUUUGCUGUUUUCACUUUGUUGUUUUUUGUUUUGUGGUGAAAUCUUUUGAAAGAAAAUGUUCAUCUCUUCUCUUCUCUUUGGGCAUUGUCAGCACAACGUUGUACAGUAGAGAAUGGCUGCCAGGCCCACAAGAACCAUUCCUUUGGUGGAGCUUUUUGUUGAUAUCUUAACAACAAUGUCCAACAACAAUUAGGAUGAAAGAAGGAAAUUGCACCUGUUGAAGCGCCAACAAAUGUAAGACAGGAUUUCUAUGUUAAUGUGGUGAUGCUAAAGUUUGUUCAGGAUCUUUUGGUCCCACAGAUCCUGGAAUCUUACCUGUUUUUUAUUUUUUUGCAUCAUUCGCACGAUCUCUUUUUGUCUUUUCAAAAAUUCUUGCAAUAACUUUGUUUUCUGGCGUCAUGAUGACGUCAUGUUUCAUUAUCCAUGUAUAUGAAGAUGCAAUACUGUUUCGUUUUUAUUCAGAUUAAAGUGGAUUUAUUGUCUGA